CAGGGUGUCCUGUCUUCUCAUGAUGUGCCCCACGAGCCCAUUCGCUUCGGCAUCGAUCAGAUUCUGGGCUGCCCGCCGCCGCAGCAGAGCGGCGGAGCGGAGGCAACCGGGGAACCCGACUUGGCCCUCCAAAGCCGCGGCUACGAGGCGGAUUAUGGUCCCUCGUGCUCCCUGGGGGCGUACGGCCUCCCGGGGGCCUCAGCUGGCAACGGCGGAGUGAUCCGAGUGCCCGCGCACCGGCCGAUUCCCUCCGUGUCCGUCCAUCCUCCGCCGGCUGGAGCCAGCCUCGCGUUCCCUUGGAUGGAGCACAACAGGCGGCUGACGAAGGACCGGAUGGCAGCCGCGUUGCCGCCCUUCUCCGUGGCCAGGCGGGUCGGCCACCCCUACCAGAAUCGCACUCCUCCCAAGCGCAAGAAGCCGCGCACGUCCUUCUCGCGGGCGCAGAUCUGCGAACUGGAGAAGCGGUUCCAUCGGCAAAAAUACCUAGCGUCCGCAGAGCGAGCUGCGCUGGCCAAGGCGCUCAAGAUGACCGACGGACAGGUCAAGACGUGGUUCCAGAACCGCCGCACAAAGUGGAGGCGACAGACGGCAGAGGAGCGCGAGGCCGAGCGCCAGCAGGCCAGUCGGUUGAUGCUGCAUCUCCCGCCGGAUGCCUUCCCGAAGAGUCUGGGGCAGCCACUGCAGCAGGACCCCCUCUGCUUGCACAACGCCUCGCUCUUUGCCCUGCAGAACCUGCAGCCCUGGGCGGAGAACCACGAGGUCACCUCAGUUUCGGGGGCCGCCGCCCUAGUGUAA